UUUAGAUUAAUGAAUUUGUCAGAAGAACAUGUCUCGGUUGUUGAUCAGCAGUAAAUAUUUCAGUUCAAAUCAAAUUAUUAGUCACUAAUAAGGUUAGAAGAGAUUUUAACAUGUUGAUGAAAUUUUCUGGCUAAAGGAUGUCUGUAUCCUAUUCCUCCAAACUGUAAAGGCGUAAUUAUUUUCAAAUGGACCAUAAUGACCACAGUUCAUUUACACAAGAGGUAAGUGGCAUCAGAUUGACUAUUUCUAUUUUUACUAUUCUAUUUGCAGACAUUAUCUCAUGUUUUCCGAAAAUGUUACUUGCAACCCUUCAUAAAUACGGAACGAAUAACUUCUUUUUUUUUAAGUGUUUGUUAAUUUCUGUCUUCGUUGUCUUUCAGUUGCUGCAUCUGAAUCCAGCAUGAACUGAACCAGCUCUGAUUUCAAAACUGGAACAAAUAAGAUCUCUACAUGCCAAGCUGACACUUUGACCCUUCUCACUAAAAACUGCUGACCACCACUGGCCAGGCAUCAGUGAUGGAAGAUUUACGAUGUGAAUGGUCAAAGGAUGAAGGUAUUUCAGGAGCUCAUUGGCCUGGUUGGGCUCUGAGUUCCUCAUGGCCAUAACGAGGAACCUACAAACACCCUCCCAAGCACAUAAAUACCCCCCCACAGGUUUUCGGCUUUUAGUCCUUGACUCCCUCACUGUGUCCCAGCCCUUCUGUCAGUCUCUGCUGCCCUCCUCUUCAUCAUUUUAGUCUGAAACCAAAAAGAGGCCAAGAUGUCUGAGGGAAAGAGGAUGACAUCGAGCCGCAGGCAUCAUCUCAAGAGUUUGAUGCUGCAGAUCGCUGCUAGCUGGCUUGAGCAGGAAGCUAUCGAAGUUGCAGCCGCCAAAGAAGCUUACAUGGCAGAAAAUUGCGCCGCUCCUGAUCUGAGCGCAGACCAGGCGGCUCUGGUGGAAAUCUGCAAAAAGCUGCACCAGGCCCUCGACAAGAUCGACGAGGACAGAUAUGACGCAGAGGCCAAAGUGGCAAAGACAGACAAAGAGAUUGAGGAGCUGAAGCUGAAGGUGGUCGAGUUGGCUGGAGUGAAGAAACCCGCCCUGAAGAAGGUCCGUAUGUCUGCUGACGCCAUGCUGCAGGCUCUACUGGGAGGAAAACAUAAAGUGACCAUGGACCUGAGGGCUAACCUGAAGCAGGUCAAGAAGGAGGUCAAAGAGGAGGGUGCAGAGGCAGUCGGCGACUGGCGUAAGAACAUUGAGGACAAAGCUGACAGAAAGAAGAUGUUCGAGACCUCUUAAAGACUUUCAUAUUCAACUUUUGUUUUCACUUCCUCUGGGCUGCAGUAUUGCGUUCCCACUGUUGCAUCCGAUAUUUUUCAUGGAAUUGGAAUAACUUAUUCCAAUUAAACUAAUUAAAUUUUUUUUUUUUUGGAAUAAGG